AUUGUCCUGUGCAUGGUUAUCCAUCACUGUCUCGGGUCACAAUCUCAACUUUUCCGAGUUAUAUUUCUGCAGAACCUUCUAAACACGCGUCUCGAUCUCCUCUGCCCUCCGUGCUCAGCUGGUGCGUGUCUCUAUCCAUCUUUCCUUCCUGUUGUUUCCGUUUAUCAGUUCCUUUGUUUAUGAUCUAACCGCGUAAUAACUUUGACCCUAUCCAUUAUGUUACUUAGUGUGCAGUUCUCUCUGAAAGCAUGCUUUUUAUAUGCAACUCCUUGAUUUUGAAGAUGACGCUCGUCGAAAUCCCUUUCGGAUUCGGUGGCAUUGACAUCAUGACCCUUGACAGCAACUGAGAGGACAUAUUUGAUUACAGCUUGCUAUGUUGUACAAGUAAGAUCGCCAAGUAAUGCUGCGCUGGGGCUUGGGGUUAUUUUAGAAUUGUGGAUGAGUUUGCCAGUCGGACGAUUUGACUGCGCCGACAUUAUAUCCUAAAGCUGUUCUAUAAUGAUAUUUUUCACCACCCCCUUGUAUAAAUCACUUUCUCAUUGUAGAUUAUUUGCAAGUAAUUAAUUGAUCUUUGCAGAAAAUACGGCAGCCGGAAAGAAUUGAGUAGGAAAGAAGGAAGGAAGGAGCUAGUCCACAUUGGUAGGCCCGAAAGAACACUUUCAGCUUUGUCACUUAGCAGGAAGGCAAAGCACAUACCCACAGGAUCUCCUUAAUUUUUUUUUUUGAGGGUAGGAUCUCCUUAAAUUGGGUUUGCCAUCUCCCUUGGUGGAACUGACUACCCCACUAGCAUCUUCAGCUCUGCUUCCCCUCCUGAGAAAAGAGAAAGUAUCCUUCCAAGCCAUCGCUUGCUUUGAUUCUUGGGGAGCAUCCGUUCCAUAGCAUCCUCAUAGCUGCGUGCAAGCAGGUUUGAGCAGCUAGCUAUAAGAACUCCCUCAUCGGAUCGGUCUUGUUUCUUGCCAUGACCGGAGGGGAUUCCAUGGAUGCGAUCAGCCUGGACGAGUGGGAGCUCCUGCCUGACCUCGGGAGCUCCUUCUUCAUGGAGGAGUGCACUGCUGGUGGUGAUGAAGAAGAGGCCAUGGGACCAUCAGUGCAGGCUGCCUCUGCACAGCAGCAGCAUGGCGUCGAAUUCGAGGACAUGGGCGUCGUGCAGGCCGAGCCGAGGCGAGGGGAGCUCACGAUGAUGGUGACCGAGGUGAUGGUGUCCGGUGCAGAGGAGGAGGAAGAGAUGGUGCACUCCCCUGUUGCCGAAGAGGAAGCUUCUGAGGAGGACGAGGUGAUGGUGGAAGCGGCACCUGAUCAUCUACCUCAUGAGGUGGAAGAAGGUGCGGAGAGAGACAGGGCAGGGAUGGACGCUGCUGGCUUCAGCGUCGGGAAACUGAGGGUGAAUGGCGUCGGGGCGCUCUGCUCGUUCGGGGUCGCCGCUGCCACCUUCUGCAUCUUGGUGCUUGGCGGCAGGCCGCAGCAUCAGCAGCAGCAGAGGAAGAUUAUGGUGCAAGAUCAGAAGUCCCAGUUCCAGGUGUUCGCCGAUGACGAGAGAAUUCAUCGAGCCGUGGAGCAGGCGUCGAGGCUGAACCAGGCCGUGUCGUCGGUGAUGGGUGGCGCAUCCACCAGAGCGAAGGUGUCUUUCGGCGGCCACUACAACGGGUUUUGACGUGCCAGAAGCUUCUAGAAUCCAUCGACGCAUCCAUGACAUCCUAGUGUUAGGCAUAUUGAUAUUGAGAUUCUUUAUUUACAUUGGUCAGGGCCCCGUAGCCUGUAUGUCUGCAAUGUAUAUAUGCUUAAUAGCUGGUAGAUUGCAUCAGUCCACUACUCCACUGUCAUGUACAUUUCCUACCAGCAGAUGUGAAUAGUAUUAUUUUGGGUUU